CGGUAGACAUGAGCAAGAGUUCCUCCGUAGGUGAGAAUCAUGGAGGGAAGCUGCGAUCUCAUUCUCCACAGGAGGCAUUAGCUUCGUCGGCGCCGGGGCAUAUACCGAGCAGUGCAUCAAAGAAUGCAAUGCGAUCAUCAGUAGAAAGGGAGAGUGGUCAGCGUGGCAGUGCUCCUAAGCCUCAGCAG